UUCACCGUCAUCUGUGUGUUUGCUGCUACCAGAUCAGACUCACUUUUUAUCAUAAUCAUCAUCUACAGCCUGACGAUCUGGUUCAGAAAUCAUAGAUGAAGGUGUUUAGUAGCAGGUCGGUGGGUUUAAUCGGAGUUUCGCCACAUUUUUAUUAGUUUUAUCGGACGGAGAAGAAGGAAAAGUGACGGAGCAGUGCGAAUCUGCGCCUCGUUCAUGUCGGUUUUCGAGGUUCCUGAGAAAAAACGCGGCGAGUGAAUGACUUUUCAGGCUAUCGUCGGGUGAACACAAACACUGUCGCUCUCAUUUCAGUCUUUUCCUGGUUUUCUCCGACACUCUAAGACCGUUUUUCUUGUCAUUUUCGGUGGAGAGAAAACACAAGUGUCCCGGUGAACAGAGCUCCUCGGAGGGGCCUGGACUGGGCUGAGUCUUUACGGUUCUCAUGGUGGCUUUAAGUUCACUCUGUGCUGCGGGAAACUUCACAACUCACUCUGACUAAUCCAGUCCCGAGUAGACAACAUGGCAGAAGAAGCUCCAGCACCCGCCGCCGCCGCCGCUGCUCCGGCCAAAGCAGCCAAGAAGAAGACGGCACCAAAGUCCAAGAAGGUCGGGCCCAGCGUCCGAGACUUGAUCAUCGAAGCCGUGUCCGCAUCCAAGGAGCGCAGCGGCGUUUCUCUGGCCGCCCUGAAGAAAGCUCUCGGCGCCAAAGGAUACGAUGUGGAGAAGAACAACACCCGUGUCAAGAUGUCCGUCAAGGCUCUGGUCGCCGGUGAAAUCCUGCUCCAGACUAAAGGCACCGGUGCCUCCGGCUCUUUCAAGAUGAACAAAAAGACCGCAGAACCCAAGGCUAAGAAGCCGGCCACAAAGAAGGCCCCCGUGAAGGCCACCGCCGCUAAGAAGCCUACAGCUAAGAAACCCAAGGCAGCGGCGGCAAAGAAGACAACAGCUGCCGCCAAGAAGUCUCCCAAGAAGGUGGUCAAGAAACCCGCUGCCAAGAAAGCACCCGCCAAGAGCCCCAAGAAGCCCGCCGCAAAGAGCCCCAAAAAGAAGGUGCUCAAGAAGCCAGCAGCAGCCGUCAAGAAGUCUCCUGCUAAGAAGGUGGUCAAACCCAAGGCCAAGAAGGCAGCACCCAAGAAG